AUGAUUGCAGUAGCCAUCGUUGAGCAUAAUCUACCUUAUUCGUUCGUUGAGUACAAAAGGAUCAGGGAAGCAUUUGCUUAUGCCAAUUCUAAUAUAGUGUUUUGGAGUCGGAAUACUGUUGCAGCUGAUUGUCUAAAGAUCUUUGAGAAAGAGAAAAGAAAACUCAAGGAGAGCUUAAGUGACAUUCCUGGUCGUUUUUGCUUGACAACUGAUCUGUGGAGAGCAAUCACCAUUGAGGGUUACAUGUGCUUGACUGCACACUACAUUGACAGAAGCUACAAUUUGAAGACAAAGAUCUUGUCAUUAUGUGCCUUUCCUCCUCCACAUAUUGGUGCUGCUAUAGCUUCAAAGGUGUUGGAGCUGUUGAAAGAAUGGGGAUUGGAGAAGAGAGUCUUUACCAUCACAGUGGAUAAUGCUUCAUCAAAUGACAAUAUGCAGGGAGUUCUCAAGAGACAGAUGAGAAAAAACUUGGUCUGCAAUGGAGAGUUCUUUCACAUUAGAUGUGUUGCUCAUAUUUUGAAUUUAAUUGUGCAAAGUGGCUUGACUGUGAUUGAAGAAGCAUUGGAGAAAAUCAGAGAUAGUGUGAAGUUUGUGAAGGCCUCAGAGUCUAGAGAGAAGUCAUUUCAGGAUUGUGUGGAAGUUGUGGGGAUUGAUGAAAAAAUAGCUAAGGCAGGGCUGGUUUCAGAUGUGACAACUAGGUGGAAUUCUACUUAUGUGAUGUUAGAGAGAGCUAUCAAGUUUAAGGAAGUUUUUAGACAUCUUGUUGAAGUAGAGCCAAUGUAUAUGAGCAAUCCAUCUGAGGAAGAGUGGACAAGAGCUGAAAGUAUUUGUGAGUUAUUGUGUCCAUUCGCAGAGAUGACUAAAUUGAUCUCAGGAUCAACUUAUCCUUCAGCCAACUUGUACUUCAUGCAAGUCUAUAUCAUUGAAAGUUGGCUGAAAACAAAUGAGUUCUCUUAUGAUGAGGUGAUCCAAGAAAUGGUGGGAAGUAUGAAGGAGAAGUUUGAUAAGUAUUGGGAGGAAUACAGUGACAUACUUGCAAUAGCUGUUGUAUUAGAUCCUCGCUUGAAGUUCAAGUGCUUAGAAUAUUGCUUCAAUUCUCUAGAUCCAACCACAAGUCAAACCAGAUUGGAUAAUGUGAGAAAGAAGAUGAAGAAACUGUUUGAUGUGUAUUCAAAGAAAACUGGCGAAGAAGCUUCUCAAAGUAACACAAUGGAACAACAAGUUCUUCCUGGAUAUAGUGGCUUUUAUGCUUUUUUUUCUCAAGCAGCUGGUGGUAAUGGCAUGUCUGCAUUAGAUAAAUAUUUAGAUGAGCCUGUGCUGGAUUUUCUUGCAUUCCCGAGCUUGAAUGUUUUAGGCUAUUGGAGAGAUAAUCAAAACCGCUUCAAGGAGUUGGCGACAAUGGCAUGUGAUGUAUUGAGCAUUCCUAUUACAACCGUGGCUUCAGAGUCUUCAUUUAGUAUUGGAAGUCGAGUUUUAAACAAGUAUAGGAGUUCUCUUCUUCCUUCAAAUGUGCAGGCCUUGAUAUGUGCCCGGAAUUGGCUUCGUGGCUUUGAAGAAAUUGAUGAUCAAUUUGACUUCUCGAACUUAGAGGAAGCCAAGAAAGGAGGAGAAGAAGUUUAA